UUAUUUUUGAAAAGUGAAAUAUAAAAAUUGGCGCAGUCAGUAGGAUCCGUUCACGUUGCUAGAACACGAGUAUUCUAACUAGUGACGGCGGAUUCCAAUCCCUUAGACGGAAAGAAGAACCAUCGCAGCCCAGUCGUGCCGGAACAAGGAACCUUCCAUCACCGUUUCGAGAGGCAAGAAUUCGGAGUAGGAUCUGUUCACGUUGCUAGAACACGAGUAUUCUAACUAGUGGCGGCAGAUUCCGACCCCUAAAUCUAGGGAACAACGAAGACAGCCCAUCGUACCGGAACAAGGAUAAACCCAUCAACCGUCUCGAAAGGCAGCAAUGAAAAUAGUACUGAUCUUGGGACUGAUCUCUACAGUCGCACCCCAAUUCCUCAUUACUCCAGUAAAUAAUACAGUAGGCAUCUUCUACCAUGAAGAAAGUAGUUUAAGAACAUCCAACAACAAAUGGACGCUGCUAGUAUAUAAGGAACUAGAACCUCUGCGAGAAGCCAUACGACAUAAUAAUAAAAUACUUUCCUCUCUCACAGAAAUGUUAGACGAUUCUUCUCCUCGUAUGACAGCCUUCAAAACAAGUAUCCAAACUCAUUUUAGUCUUCUAACCAGAAUUGCUGACUCAGUCGAAGAAAAAUUUUCAGAAAUUACUAUCGACACUGAAAAUUUUAAUUUUAGAACUAAACGCGGUUUAAUUAACGGUGUAGGAACUAUUUUUAAAUCAAUUACCGGAAACCUAGACUCUACAGACGGCGAAUACUUUAAUGAAUGCAUAGAUAAAGUAACUAAAGACGAACACGAAAUCGAAAAGCUGUUAAAAAAUCAAAUAUCGGUUACAUCAUCUGUUAUAAAAUCUUUUAAUUCUACAAUUCAAAGUCUCCGAAUCGACGAAGAAACUUUCAAUCAGGAUCUAACUCAAAUUCAAAAAUCUCUCUAUGAUAUUUCGGACACCGUAGCAUUUUACGAAAGUCAGAUUAAAACACUUAAUCUUUGCGAAAGCCUUAUGGAAAGUUAUGUAUACCUAGAGUCUUACCUCAGCGAUAUAUUAAACGCAAUCACGUUCGCACGAAUCAAAGUUUUACAUAGUUCUAUUAUUUACCCACGAGAUUUAGUCAUUUCUCUUCAGGAAAUUUCAAAAUCCUUGACAAAAAAUAAUUUACCACUACCACCCUAUACUUCGAGCAUUGCAAGGUACGUAGAUAUUAUGGAGCUAGAAGCAUUUCAAACUGAAAAUAAAGUUGUUUUUGUACUAAGAAUACCCUUAAUUGACGUUCCACCCUCAUCUAGAUUAGCUUUCCAAUGUAGCAAGAAACAUGCGGGCCGGUCAGUAUAUUUCAAAGAAAUAACUAGCGUGUUCUCAGGUGAGUACCCGAUCUUCAAACCAUUUCCAUUCAACCGAAAAGCGAAGAUUUUAUCUUUUAUGAAACAGAACGGCGGGGUAGCGGCAAACAUGAGCCACCACACAGAAAAAGUCGGAUACUCAUUGUUCCGAUUUUUAUCCGAGUCAAAGAGCGUUUUCGAGGGGUUUUUCAUCUAA